AUGAAGAACCGCUCCAAGAAUCUUGAUGUCGUAAGUUUUAAAUUCGCUGUCAAUUUAGAUAACUUUAUGCAGAUUCACAGCGGUAUGGCCAUCCUCAGUGAUGAGAAAGGCCGAGGAAAGCCGGUUCGUCUAGUGCUGACUAAAGGUAGAAUGAGAUCUGCUUCCCGCUAUUCAUUUUAGAACAAUUACUUAUACAAUCAAAUGUGGGAGUAGCGGAUGAUAAUUCUUCUGUAAGUGGUAUCACGUCGAUUGAAACGCCAGAAGCGACGUUAACCAAGUUGACAAGAACUGUUAAUGUCCCAAAAACAAAUGAAGGACUGGGGCUCUCCAUUAAGGUCAGUACAGGGUCGAAAAUCUUCGGGUGGUGCACACCCGCGUGGUGAAACUCGGGUAAGCCUUUUGGGUGAUCGCUUCUUCGGGUGAUGCGUAUUCGGGUCGCGCAUAUUCGGGAGAUGGAUUUUUGGGGGAAUGAAUUCUGACUACUACAUAAAUAUGGCACUGUAAAAUUUUUUUAUAUUUUUUGCAAUUUUUGUUCAUAUAAAGCGGGAGAUAAAAGAUUUUCUGAAAAAUUUUUGAAAUUUUUCUGUUUUUACUUUUUUUUUUAAAAAAAAAGUAAAUUUUCAGUUUACUUUCCGGAAAAUGCAAAAAAAAGUCAAUUUUUUGUUUGGCUUUCCGACUUCAAGGUCGGGAGUAGGACCGGAUCUUACUCCCCGCUCGGAGUCGAGGAAAGUCAGAGCUUGUUUUUACUUUCUUCCUCUUUUUGGCCCCGCACUGCAGGUUGCAAGGUUGACGCCAAGUCUUUCCCUGAUGUGUCAAGUUUUUCUCUUCCGAAAAAAUUAUUUUUAUGUUUGUGCGAUGUUGUGAAGCUAUGUUCUCUACGAAGAUGGGCUGAAAAGUGAUCAAGUAAGUUAGCAUUAGCAAGAGGAGAUGUACGUUUUUCAUUUGACACCAAAAAUUUCCCUGUUAUUUCAGAGAAAGGUACAAAAUUUUUCCAAUUCGUAAAGCUUCAUGACCAUGGAUAAUGUAAGUGAGAUUAUCUCGUUUUUUGCUACGACGUCAAGAUUCUAAGUCGGGAAACGUUUAGAGGAGACCCCACUCUCAUGUAUAUUCUCCAUGUAUGAAACCCCAUCAAUUUUGAGGAAUAACGACGUAAAAAUUUCAAAUACUAAGUUAUUGUAACAACGUUAUUUGAGCCUUAUUACGUUAUGACCUCAGUUUAGAACGCCUUCGCGGCAAAAAUCCGGCAGAUCUGAGCGGAUUUCGAUAUUGUACAUGACACCUAGAAAUCGAAAUUGAUGGCGUUUGAUAGAUGGAGAAUAUAACAAAACUAAAGAGUGCGGUGUCCUCCAGAACCCCCCAGCCUAGAACUGUUUACUCCAAUAACGGAACAAAAACGAGAUAAGCGCACUUACAUUAUCCAUGGUCGUGAAAAACUCCCGAAUUGGAGAAAUUCUGUAAAAUAAAAGGAAAAUAUUUGGUGUCAAUUGAAAGAAGAACACCUGCUCUUACUAAUAACAACUUACUUGUCUAGUAUUCAUGCCAUCUUCAUGUAGAAACAGGCUAUAUCGAAAAGAGGGGAAAAAUAAUUUUCUUACGGGGGAGAAAUUUGACACAUCUGGGAAUUCCCGGGUGAUCAAGGGCGCAGCUCACAAAAAUAGUUUUGAAGAAAAUAAAUUGGUGAGUAAAAACGGCGUCUUACUCACCAGCCAAAAUGGGCGAGCCAUUUUUGUUUCAACUUUCCGGAUCGAACUUUUGGCGAGCCAUUUUUGAUCCAACUUUCCAAAAAUUUGUCGUUCGGAGUAAGAAUGUUUUUUGACUUUCCGAAAUCGAAAAUUUCCGGAAAUUUUUCAAAAUUUACUUUUUUUUUUAAAAAAAAAGUGAAAACAGAAAAAUUUCAAAAAUUUUUCAGAAAAUCUUUUAUCUCCCGCUUUAUAUAACCAAGGUGAUUUAUAUCUGCCGGCAAGCUCAGUAUGCCGAUGAAUUUUUACGCCUACUUAGCAAAAAUAAUUUUUUCUGGAGCUGAGACCCGCUAUUUUCAACCGACUGAAUUUCAAACAAAACCUUGAAUUGACCUUUCUAUGUCUUCCCAAAGUCUUCAAGAAUGAUUUUCGGGCCGAAAUCGCUGAAACUUGGAAUUUUUUUUGGCCAAGUAGGCGUAAAAAAUCAUCGGCAUACCGACCUUGCCGCCAGAUAUAAAUCACCUUGGUUAUAUAUGGGAGGUGCUUUAUAAAUUUCAGCGCGCUAGUCCAUCCCAACCCCGCGGAUUUAGUCCAAAGUUAAAAGUUCACGAAAUAGGGGGAGGGGAGGAGGAGCCGACAGAGAAAGGCAGAAAUUUUUACAAAGAGAGAAAUUGCGCAACGUUGUGUAAGAUUGCGCUACUUUUAACUUUGGACUAAAUCCGCAGGGUUCGGACGGACUAGCGCGCUGAAAUUUAUAAAGCACCUCCCAUAUAUCAGGAAUCCAAAAAUGAAAUCUGUUUUGCGCGUCACUGUAUAUUUUGAGAGUAAUCCUUUUUUGUUAUGUCGUAUUCAGUAGCCAUAGGUGCAAUAUUUACUUCAUCACCCGAGAUAUCCCCCCGCGCCCCCAAAUCCAUCACCCGAACAUGCGCCACCCGAAAAUGCAUCGCCCGAAUAAGCGAUCACCCAAAAUGGGCUUUCCCGAGUUUUCCCAAAUAUUCAGUUACCCGGUCAGUACAAUAUCCACUGUAGUUAUCACUCAUCGAUCUUUCAGGGAGGUUCAAAUGAAAAGAACAGCGUUCCGAUUACAAUUUCGAAGGUUCUUCCAAACCUCCCAGGUAUAAAAAAAUUAAAGAUCAAUUAUCUUUGCAGCUGCUCAAACUGGUCAAGUAUUCGUGGGAGACACCAUAAUCGAAAUAAACGGGAUCAAUGUUGAGAACAAGACCCAUGAAGAAGUUGUUCAGAUUCUGCGCGAUGCCCCAGGGCCUCAUAUUACCCUAAGUUUAAAGCAUAAUGAACAACUGGCUCCUUUACUCAGGUAGAUCCGACAAUGACAUUACUGUAUACUUAAGAUCUCCAUCCAAACGGCUUAGCGUUGGACCAGGUGAUUCCAUGGUCGAUGUGAACAUGUACAAGAUCCAAAGUGCACUCAAAAGUGCAAAUGACCGUAGCCAGAACAAUCUGAAGGAAGGGGAGGAUCAAGCUGGCUGGAAGAAUAUACAAAGAUUACCUCUCCCCAUGGCUAUUGUUUCUCGAUAUCUCUGGGGAACCGACAAAUUGAGGAACAAUGCAUUUGAACUGAGGACGGUGGAUGGGAAAUCUUCUGGGAUUAUUCAUUGCGAAGACCGAAAGGCUCUCCAACAAUGGAUCAAAAACAUCGAAAAUCACAUUGAGACCCUCAACAAGAAGUCCGUCAAGAUGAGCAACAAGUAUUUACACCCUUCAGAACAUGUAAAAACACUUUUUAAGCAUUAUAUUGGUUUAGAUUACCUACAUUGGAUGGAUUGAAGAGAGGAUGGAGGCCGGAUAUUUUGAUGAUCCAAAAUUGAAGUGGGCUCAACGUUUCCUGAUCCUAAAGGGAACCGAUCUAUGCGUUUUCGAAACCCCUCCGGUUAGCAUAAAGACAAAAAUAAUUUCUUAUAUUAUAUAAAUUCAGCUAAACUCAGAAGAACUGGACAAAUGUGUAUGCUUGUACAAGAUAUAUGAGACAGCUCUUAAGACGGCCAUCAAACAUGUAGAUAGGCGAGAAAAUGUAUUCAUUCUGGAGUCUCAUAACGGUACUCAGCAUUACUUAUCUCUACACAGUCCCCGUCAACUUCAGCAACUGGAAUCCGGCUUCUAUAAUAGUCUUUAUAAAUCUGUAACCGCAAUGCAGGUAAUUGAAUCUUACAUUCUAAGCUGUCUUCAGACCCGAACGUUUUCAUGUAGCUAUGAAGGAAGGCCCGCUGGAUUUGUGUUGGAUAUAAAACAAGGCCUCAGCUUGUAUGACAUCCCGACUAAAGUAAGAUAACCGAUAAAGAUUGAACCUCCCAUAAAGAAAUAUAUCUGGCAAUAUGGAUUCGAAGCGCUACAAUCCUCGUCGGACGAUGGGAAAAUGAAUCUUCAACUGAUUUUGACAUCUCCAGAACCCGGAGUUACAGUUGAUAUCAAGGUAAGCCCAGCACGGAAAGAAAUUACUUCUCAUUCAAUUUAUUUCAGGACAUAAUCAGCGACGAAGUUCUUUGUAUCGUAUAUACAAUGCAUUCAUUCUACGUUACUAAAGUAAUGGGGGUUGAUCCCGAAUUUUUGAAAGCUACUCCCUUAAAUUAA